UAAUUUAUUCGGUUCGCUGUUGUUUUUCCCGAAAAUGUGUUUUACGAGCAAAAUACUGGUUUUCGUCAUUACGGACUAUUUGAUUACUUCUUUAAUCAUUGGGAUGUCAGUUGCAAUUUUGAAAGAUGAAAACGACGAUGUUCAUCAUUCCGGAGAAGCUUUAUCAACUAUGGAGCAAGCGUUAUCAGGGAUGUCAGUUGAUAUUUUGAAAGAUGAAAACGACGAUGUUCAUCAUUCUGGGGAAUUUUUAUCAACUAUGGAGCCAGCGUUAUCAGUCGCAAUAUUGAAAGACGAUGAUGAUGAUUAUUCUGGAGAUUUUAUUUCAUCGAUGGAUCCAGCGUUAUCAGCAUCACUCAAAAUUGAUUAG